AAAUUUAAAGAGAAGCGGUGGAGUAGGAACCCGCCACGUUUAACUUGGUGGCAGGCUUCUGCAGGCAUUCCUUUUCCUCUGCACAAUCCACCACCGCCUUCCCUUGCAUUCUCUUCAACAGCUAUUCUCUCUCUAUCCGCCAUGGAAGAAGAGCUUGUUUGAUUAUGGCCGAUGAACCACCUGAGUUCAUCAGGAUGGAGGGCUAUCGCAGCAUAGACUGGAAUAUAGAAGAACAACUGUCCUCCGGUGAUGGCCUGAGCAGUGAAAAGAUAUGCUCCGCCGUGCAAAAGGGUUGCAGUCUGGGGAAGAAGCUUCUCCUCACUGGUUUAGCCAUAUCCUCUGUUCCUGUGGUUCUUCCUCCAUUGGUUAUCAUGUCAGCCUUUGGAAUUGCAGCCUCAAUUCCUUAUGGGGUCUUCCUCGCCUCUUAUGCUUGCACUGAGACGAUCAUGAGUGUUUGGCUUCCGAUUCCCCCGGCCUUGAAGCUCGACCGCGCUGACGAAGAGAUGGUGGAGGAAGACAUCUACGAAGAUGAAGAAAAACAUAUGAUGGAAACAGCUAAGAGAGGUGAGAAUUUGGAUGAUUUCGAUAUCGAUGUGGUAGUCGUUCAGGGGGGCGAAGAGGGUGAAACCGACAUUGGAAGCAAAGGUCUGGCAGCAAUUGAAGUGACCAAUGUGGAAUUUGAAGGAAAUGGAGAUAAUGGAGAUGAGGAAGAAGAGGAAGAAGAGUUGAAGGAAACUAGAGGUUUACUCGAAAGAAUCAGGGAUGAGGGACGAAGAGACAAUGGUUUUGUUGAUGAAAAUGGAGGUGUUGAUGAUGUUCGAGAGCUCGAGAUUUCAAUAGAGGACGAGAAACCAAGUGAUUCUGUCGAAGAAAGUGUUCUAGGUUUGUUGAAUGAAGUUGACUCUGCUGCUGUUUAUCCUCAUGCAGACUAUAGAACUUCUGAAGGGGUCGGGUGGGCGAAAUCUAGUGAUGAAACAAAUGCAAUAACGACAUUGUCAAACAAGGCAGCCAAGUCUGAAGAAGCUGAGCAACUUCCUAAAGUAACAAUGAUAGAUGUGAUCGAAUCUGAUGAGGGUUUGUCUAUAUCAGCUAUGACCAUUGAACACAAAGUUGAGGCAAAUUCUCCACAUAAAGAUCAUAGGAUGUCUUCCAAUGAGGAACUAUCAGGAGAGGUAAAGAUAAGAGAAAAGAUUGCUUCGAUGAAGAAGAUCGUAGGAUACAAGGCUACCCCCCUCGGAACAUACUUAGACGAAGUGAACGCUCUAUAUGCCUUCAUCGGAGUCGAGCCACCUUCCCCGAUGAAAGAUUCUGCUAAUGAUGAUGAUAUCAAUCUACUUAACCAGAAGUUGCAGUUUCUCAUGUCCAUAGUAGGGGUCAAGUAGAGGUGUUAAAAGUUUGGCAUUGAAUAAGUUGCCAUUUGUGCACUUUUGUUUGCCAAUGGCAAUAUUUCCUUUUGUUUGAGCUAUGCACAGUUUGGUUUUGAAAUUAUGUACCAAAUUUUGAACAGUUUGUCUACUUUUUUCCCUCUUUCUGUUCA